CGAUUACAUUCUUUACAUCUCUAGGGGUUUCCUACAAACACUUUGGACUGCACACCACACAUAAUGUAUUCCAUGAAACCAAUAGGCUAUGUUAGUUCUGUAUUUACCUACAAGAAUGGAACACCCAGACAACCAGCACUGUGUCCAUAUGCUAGAGGAACUAUGACAAUUGAGAAAAGUAUCUUCACUAAUCCCGAACACUCUCUAGAAGAUUUGGAGGAAUUUUCACAUGUUUGGUUGAUGUUUGUAUUCCACAAGAAUAAUAAUAGGUUUACAAAGGCUAAAGUGAAACCCCCCAGACUAAAUGGGAAAAGAGUAGGUGUGUUCUCCACAAGAUCUCCCUAUAGACCCAAUCCUAUAGGACUUACACUAGCUAAACUAGAUAGUGUCGAAGGCUCCAUGCUCCAUUUAAGUGGUAUUGAUUUAUUAGAUGGUACUCCAGUUCUAGACAUAAAACCAUAUAUACCUUCAUAUGAUAUCCCACAAAAUGUUCAAAAUGAUCCUGAAAGUUGCUUGAAUACAAGGAGAACAAGUGGCGAGGCAUUGGAGGAUAAACCAAAGGAAGUUUUAAGACUAAAGAUUUUUCAUUUAAACCAAGAACAAAACAACUCUGACAAUUCUUUGUGCCAAGAGAAAAGUGAUGAACAAGUUGAUUGUAAACAAACUGAUAAUGUAUGUAACCAAGCAGACACUUGUGAACAGUCUACAUUACAUGUCGGUGCUUCAGAAUUUCCUUUAGAUUUAGGCCUGAAUAGUGAGUUAAAGACAUAUGAUGAUACUCAGGUUAAUCAGUUGUCCAGUCCUGUAGACCGUGAAAAUGUGAUAAAUAACAAAGAAGGUGACAUAUUUACAGAAGCAUUUAAUACAGACAGCACAAAAACUGCUGAUUGGAUAGAAACCCCACCUAUUGAUAAAAUAUCAGUUAGAUUUACAAAUCUUGCUCAGGAACAACUAAAACUGUUUUCAUCAUCAGCAGCAUCUGACUUUUGUCUGAAAUAUUUAAAAUCAGGAAUAGAAGUCAGUAAAGCUAUAAGUGACAUACUUUGUCAGGAUCCACGGUCAGUUUACCGUAGAAAACACUGUGUUGAUAGUUUAUAUUACUUUGUUGUAGAUAUUGUCCAUGUUACAGCAUGGUUUGACAAACAAGUAGCUGAAGUUGUUAGAAUUCAACCAGUUAGUCAUGCUGAACAUUAUAAAAAUUCUUAACACUGUUUCAUGCUUUUUAUACGACCACAAAAAAAAUUUGCAGUCGUAUGUUGGUAUGACAUUGGUGUCGUCGUCGUCGUCGUCCGAAGACACAUUGGUUUUCGCACUCUAACUUUAGUUUAAGUGAAUGGAUAUCUAUGAAAUUUUACCAUAAGGUUCAAUACCACAAAAGGAAGGUUGGGAUUGAUUUUUGGGGUUAUGUUACCAACAGUUAAGGAAUUAGGGGCCAAAAAUAAGCAUUUUUGUAACUUCCAGACAUAACUUGUGUGUUAGUGUAUGGAUCUCUCUGACAUUGUACCACAAGGUUCCAUAUCACAAAGGGAAUGCUGGGAUUGAUUUUGGGGGUAAUUGCCUCAAAAUUUUAGGAAUUAGGGGGCAAAAAACAAGCAUUUUUCUAGUUUCAUGACAAUAACUUGUGUGUAAGUGUAUGGAUCUUUCUGAAAUUGUUCUACAAGGUUCCAUAUCACAAAGGGAAAGCUGGAACUGAGUUUGGGGGUAAUUGCCCAAAACGUUUAGAAUAAGGGGUCAAAAAUAAGCAUUUUUCUAGUUUCCAGACAAUUACUUGUGUUCAAGUGUAUGGAUCUCUCUGAAAUUUUACUACAAGGUACCAUACUCUAGAGGGUAGGCUGGGAUUGAUUUUGGGGGUAAUUGCCUCAAAAUUUUAGGAAUUAGGGGCAAAAAACUAGCAUUUUUCUAGUUUCAGGACAAUCACUUGUGUGUAAGUGUAUGGAUCUUUAUGAAAUUGUACUACAAGGUCCCAUAUCACAAAGGGAAAGCUGGGUUUGAGUUUGGGGGUAAUUGCCCUAAACAUUUAGGAAUUUGGGGCCAAAAAGGGGCAAAAAAACAAGCAUUUUUCUAGUUUCCAGACAAUAACUUGUGUUCAAGUGUAUGGAUCUCUCUGAAAUUGUACUGCAAGGUACCAUACCACAAAGGGAAGGCUGGGAUUGAGUUUGGGGGUGCUGAAACAUAAGGGGGUUCAAAAAAUUUGGGGGAGGGAUUUUUUUUUCCUUUUUUUCCUUUUUUUUUCUUUAAAAUUUUACAUUUUAAAUUGGUUAUUUCUGAUUGAUAUAUAAGAGCAAAUAAUAAUGAUAUGGUUUGAAUAGGUAAAUUAAAUUUUUAUAAGUUCUUAGACCACAUUCAUUCUGUGUCAGAAACCUAUGCUGUGUCAAAUAUUUAAUCACAAUCCAAAUUCAGAGCUGUAUCAAGCUUGAAUGUUGUGUCCAUACUUGCCCCAACUGUUCAGGGUUCAACCUCUGCAGUCGUAUCAAGCUGCACCCAGUGGAGCAUUUUAUUAUUUUUUAUUAUGGCCAAUUAUAUAAACAAGCAAUUUAUCAUGUUACUUUAAUAAUAUGAGUGAAAAACA